ACCCACCGCGCCUUCGGCGCCCGCCGCCCCUCCGCUCCCCGGCCCCUCCCGCCCUGCAACGCCAUCGGCGUGCCCCGGGUGCCGUACCGGGUGCCCAAGCAGAACCAGUGGCUCUGGGUGGACAUCUGGAACUGCCUGUACCGCGAGCGCAUCAUCUUCCUCUCCAAGGCCGUGGACGACGAGCUGGGAAAUCAGCUGGUGGCCACCAUGCUUUACCUGGACUCUGAGAACAAGAAGGACCUCAACCUGUACAUCAACUGCUCCGGGGGUGAGGUGAUGCCCUGCUUGGCGCUGGCCGACACCAUGCGCCACAUCAAGAGCGAUGUGGGGACGGUUGGCUUUGGUGGCGCCAUGGGCAUGCCAGGCUUCCUCCUGGCAGUGGGCAAGAAGGGCAAGCGCGUGGUGCUGCAAAACACGAGGAUCAUGCUGCACCAUCCCUCUGGCGUGGCUCGGGGCCAGGCCUCGGACAUCAACCGCGAGGCGCAGGAGCUGCUGAAGACGCGGGACUACAUGAAUGCCGUGCUGGCAGAGGCCACCGGCCAGGACUUUAACACGGUGGCCCGCGACUUUGCGCGGAACAAGUACUUUGACGCGGAUGAGGCCAAGGAGUACGGGCUCAUAGACCAAGUGGUGAAGCCCAAGCGGAAGUCCAUUUUCAACUGA